CUCGCUUGCUAUUUUUUGACUGUCAAUCACUUGCUGGCUCUCAGAGAUCUCACAACACGUCAUGUUCACGCGAAGAUAUAUAUCUGACCCGAAUGUUUGCUUCUUUUGCGCCAUUGCCAUGCUGAGCACCACAACGUCGAUGGAUCGGUAGUGAGAAGCUUCAUGGACUUCAUGAAUUGGGAUGAUUUUGGAUGACGGCGACGAGCGACAGUGAAGAACAAGACAACCGCAGCAGACCGACCGUCGACCUCCAAUCAUGGUUUAUGCGCCUCCAUCGUACCAAGCUGCAGCUUAUCGACAGCUCUGGGCCAUCGUUGCUCCCUAUGUUCAAGACGAGGAUCUCUACUCCACCUGCUUGGUGUCGAGACAGUUUCACCAAGCUUUCGCUCCAAGAUUGUGGGGUUCCCCCGCGUCACGAUUUGGUUCUGACAGUGACACCGUCUAUUUGUCCUUGACACGAUUCAAACGACUAUUGAAUCGAGCACGACUAGAAGUUAGACGUCUAGCCCACACGCUACAUAUACCACCAGCGGAAACGGAGUUCUAUGGCGGCCCUCAAGCUGGUUGGCUUCGAGACAUCCUGGACCGACUUCCUGCGUUACAGGCGCUCAAUGUAUCGAAUCUUUCCUUCUUCGACCAUCAGUCCCUGCAGACAAUCCACAGUGGCUGUCAGACUCACACCAAAUAUCCGCUCAAACUCCUUGUUGCGUCAGGAUGUCUGAAUACCACUGCAUCCAGCUUGUCAAUGGCUCUUUCGCAUUUCCCAGAACUCAUAUACUUGGAUUUAUCAGGCGCUCAAGGCUCUAGAAAUCCAUAUGUCCUGCGCCAAAUUGGAACUCUGCAUAAUCUCCGAGUUCUCAAAUUGCGAAAUUGUGGACUAAGAGAUGACGAUAUUGAUCACUUGUCAUUCACGCCUCGUCUUCGAAGCUUGGAUUUAAGCCAAAACUUUCUCACGCAGAGGGGGGUCUACAAACUCUCUACUUUACUCCCGAUGCCCGCUCCUCUUAGGAGAGAAACAGUCGACUCUUUGAAUCCAGUAUCACCAUUUGCGAGACGCUAUUCGGGCAUUCCAUUGCCCGCUCGAGUACUUUCGCAAGGGGUCGAGAACUUUGUUGCUGGUCGAUUAAUGAGAGGCAUGGAUGGUGAUGUUGCUAUCGAGGAGGGACUUCCGAAAUCAUUUUCUCAUCUCUACUUGGCAUCCAAUUAUGUCAGUAUAGACCAUCUAAGCCGGCUUAUCGAGCGUCCGGAUCUGCAGUAUUUAGACGCUGGAUCACUCAGUCUCAAUCAGAGUCAAGAUAUGCUCUCCCCAAAAUCGGCAGGAUCCGGAUCGGCUCGAUUUUCCAACCCUCCUGAAACCGAAACACUGAGUCCAGCGUUAUUUACUCAUGCUUUUCGAAAUCUAAGAUCGCUUCGGCUGCACUACUCUGUCGUCACAAGUAAUCCCUUCUCUGGCAAGGAAUUGGCAGUUGAAGAGCAGUGUUUCGAACUUCAUGGUGAAGAUCUACGGUACGAGCUUGAUUCUACACAAGUACUGAAACCAGGAACGUUUUUUGAAUUGGAAGAUACAAGUCAAAACAUCACACAAGAGACGGAAAGCCUUCAGGAAUCUACCAAAGAAAAGGAAAAGGAGACUGAAACAGAACCUGAUGUCGAGAAUGGGACUGAGAUUCAUGCUACAUUUGAGUCUCCCGACGACGUAAGGGCAAAAGUUAACCCGACAGCUCCAAUGGAAAUUAAAGGGUCGAGUAGCGUUGGCCGCGAACAAAAUGACGCUCCACCUAAGCCUACAGCCCCAAAAGAUAUAAUAGAAGAAGUCGUGCAACGAAAGCAUCGAAUCGAAGCUCGAGAAAGACAUCCCGGAAGAUUCAAGCCCUCUAUGCUCCCGAACCUAAAAGCCCUCACAUUAACAGACGUCCCGUCCACAACCCGCCGACGAAACGUCACCGACUCCCUCACAGUUUUCAUUCACGAGUGUGCCGAAGAAGAAGAGCUCGCCCGACUCGAAGAAGCCGCAAGACACCACCAAGCUGCGAACACGGUCAACUACGACGGCACGUUCAAACUCGAACGCCUAGUCCUCGAAAUGACUUCCCUCGCCGACCCCAUCCUCCCAUCCCGAUCUCCCCAUCGCAACAACAACAACACACCGCACAACAAACGGCACAGCUUCACCAAAUCCUCGACCGAGGACGCCGACAGCGAAACCUUCAUGUCGCACUCCGAAACGGACUUCUCGUUCUUCGGCGAAGACGACGGCGGGCUGCUCGUCUCGGAAGGACGUAUCGACGCACCGAUGAACUUCGACGAGGGCAUGAUGCUCGAAGUCGACGAUGGACAUGUUCUGGAUGUCGUGUCUGAGUUGGCGAGUUUUAGAAGGGAGAAGAAGAGGAGGUUUGAGGCUCUGGAAAGGUUUCAUGGGGAUCGGGUGCAGAAAGCAUUGUUGGGGCAUUGGAGGGGCGAGAUUAAGAUCGUUAAAGGUGUUUUGACGGCAUGA